AUGGAUCCUGCUGCUCCUGCUGUUGCUCCCCCUGGCCAGGCCCCGGCCCCGGCCCCGGCCCAAGCUCCCGUCCAGGCACAAAUCGGCGGACGAGAAGUUUCUGGGAAUGAAAGAGGAAGCCUGCGUUUAGGCCUCUUUCUCUAUCAAUUGAUCUUUUCUGUUUGCCCCAGAGAAACAGGUCUUUGGAGACCCUGGCUGCCCUCCAUCAAUGACCGACCAAGGCAGGCUGCUGCUGGGGCAACAGCUGCGGAGGUCACCAAGGCCGAGUCUGGGUUCCGUCACCCUGUCAGGCUCUUCUGGCCGAAAUCCCGCUCCUUUGACUACCUGUACAGUGCGGGGGAGAUGCUACUACAGAAUUUCCCUGUCCAGGCCACCAUCAACUUGUACGAGGAUUCUGACAGCGAGGAAGAUGGGGAGGACAAGCAGGAGAAUGUAGAGGAAGAGCUCAAUGAAAUAGGGCCAGAAGGGUGUGCGAAAGCACCAGAGGCAACACCACACAAGGCCACAGCUCUUUCCCCUGACCCACCCCUGACCUGUCCAAACUGAAGCAAUCCUAGUUACACUUGGCAGGUUUCCAAGGGCAUCAAUUAGCAAAGAGUCUCCAGACACAAAUUUUCUGGACCAAAACCAGUGUCCUCGGGCUGUCUAGCACACCCUGGCUUUUCUGAUGGGCUUGCAAGGCUAGGCCUCUGGCAUGUUCUUGUCUGAGCUGCUCUUGUGCCAACAGUAGGAGGUUCCUAAGACCCGGAAGGGGAUUAGGAAGACUAGAUUGCUGAAGGCCUCAGGAAGUAGAGCAGGGCAAGGGAUGCCCUUGGACAAGAAAGCAGUCACUCCUCCAGGGCCGUUUGAUCCCCCAGUUUUCGAAGGUAGCCAUAUGAGCCAGUCUCCAGGGGAGCGAGGCUGGCCUCCAGCUUCUUCUCCAGAGACACCAUCACCAGAUCCAAACAAUACUGGAGCCCCUUGAGGGAAGGGAAGGGAAGGGAACAGAAGAAGGCAUCUUGAGAAUCUGUUUGUCUGGGAACCUGCAUCCUCUUUGCCUGCUAUUCAUUCAGUCUGGGUAUUGGCAUAAGAUGAAUCAGGAGAAAAAUAAAUGGAAUGAUGUUUGCCUUUUUCUUGGAA